AUGGCAGGCAACGAUGGUAAGAUUCUCGUGGCGGAUCUUCCAAUGAUGUAUCCCAGCGACUUUUUGCGAUUUGAAAAGGAGGGCGGUGUCUGGGGUAGGCAGUGGUAUGUGCGGCGCAAACAGCUCACGUUUGCGCUUACAACUGCCACUCUUUCCACGGCACUUGGGAGCAUGUACAUCAUCUCACGCCGCAACACAAGGCUUGUCCUGUUCAGCACCUUUGCUGGGUUCACGAUUCUGGGGUUUUGCAUCGGCUCCGCGCUCUCUUCGAUCAUCUACACGAAUGUUGCAAGCAACAAGGAGACGUCCAUGAUGCGCCGCGUGUGGUGGGCGAAGGAAUGCGCCAAGAACUGGGACUACUCGCAGGUGAACGAGGGAAUGUGGAAGGCAAAGUAUCCGCAUGCAACUUUCCCAAAGAAGGCGUGGGAGUGA